ACCCAAGAUAUAUUCGUUUACAGGUAGUGGCAGUUGCCCAACAACAAAAUAUUCUUAACUCUGAUUUUGCAUAUGCUAAUAUCUUCCAAACAUUUGGAAGUGACUUUCUUACUCCCUCCCAGAAUAGUCACUUUUUAGGUCCUUUUGUAUGGUAGUUUGUAGAGAUUUCAAGAUUUACAACAACAAAAUACAUUACUGUCGAAAUUCUAUCAUUCAUGGAAGAGAAAUAAAAAAACCUCACUCGAAAAGGUAAAAAAUAUAUUAGGCAAAUAAAAAUUUAUUUUUGUUAAUGACGUUGAUAAUCGAAUUUUAAACUAGUUUUAGUCCCUAUUUAGUCACUCAUGAGUAUAUAUCGCCAAGUGACACGUUUUCUCCCGUACCGAGACACUAAUUAGAGUAAAAAAUUAUAUCGCCUGAGAUUGUUUUCAACUUCCUUGAUUGCAGAUUUAGUGACUCGCACGAUAGAAAAUGUUUGCAGGGUAGUUCGGGUCAUUUUUCGUUGUUUGUGUGCGUCAUAGUUCUUAACUAUAAUAAACAUACACAACCAAAACUCGUUGAGAAAACUCGCGAGAAAAUUUUGUAUUCAUCUGUUUGCGGUACUGUACCUGGUAAUUGAGUCAUGAGACCCCCUUUUUAAAUCUGCCUUGUGCCAAAACGUACAAAUUCAUAAUCUUUCGAGAACCCAGAACUAUCUAUGAUAACUAUUGUUGUUUUUAUUGAUGCGUACUCUUAUGAAAAUGCCUUGUUCAAUCGAUAGUCAUCAACAUCAGAACUUAUAUCUCCUUCCCAAAAGCUGAAUUCCCUCUCGUUGCCAGGCAUUUUAUAAGAAUUACUGGCACGGUUCCAUCGAAAGGGAACUAUAUGAUUUGUACCGGAAAUUUGUUUCCCAUUGCAUUCGCCCGGGGAAAAUUAACAUAGCAAUAGACUGCAAAUUUGUCAGUAUAGAAUAGGCACUGACAUUUUCUAUCGGCACAUUUGACAUCCUCAAUGUUCAUGGGUACCUUUCCACUUUCUAUUUUGGCAAGUGAUCUAACCUUCUUGAUUCAACCAUUGAUGGUUUUGUAUUACGUGUUGAAACAUGGCGAAGCAGUUAGAGGUGGUCUCAUUUGCACAACAACUACAAAUCAUAUCGUGCAAUCCGCCAUAUUGCCAUUAAGUGUUCAUGUGUGUACAUGAGCAGAGCGAGAAAAAAAAAGAUAACAAAAAUGAGAAUGCAAACAAAAAUCUGUCAUCUCAAUACCGGCAAACCUGGCCGGCUGCUAAAUGCUGUUCGCGUGAGACAUGAGCAGAGCGAGAAAAAAGAUAACAAUGCAAGCAAAAAUCUGUCAUCUUAAUACCGUCAAACUUGGCCGGAUGCUAAAUGCUGUUCGCGUUGGUGUUGAAAUAAAUGAAAUGAAAGAUAAAUCUCGACGUUAUAAGGAUCCAUGAAAAUUUGUCCGUUGUGCGCCACAAUAUAUGAACUAAACUCAAUAUUGCAGUUGUCAAACGAGACAAGUUAUUUGUUCUGGCAAUGCCUUGCAUUUGUGUUGUUCGCGCGUUUUUCAUCUUUCUGUCACUUUUCACAAAACAACAUAUUUUUUUUUGCUGAAGAGCGCCUUUAAUUAGAAUAGGGAACGGGAUAAUCUAAAUUAAAAGUUCUGAGAUAUAAUUGGAGUGCUUCUGCUAAAAAAAAACUUGUGAAUAUCGUCUAUUAAGUUGCGAAUGAUGCGCAAUUCCACAGGUGGAACAACAUCUUCGGCCAAAAAGAGUCAAAGUUUAGCACCAAGCAAUGAUGAGAAAAAUAGUGCGAAAAAAUUAGUUCAAGCGCGGUUGCCUUUCAAAAUUAUUGCCCCUGGGUCAUCGCCUUCGGUUGAUACAUCCGAUACACUUACGGCAAAAGAGGGCGAUGCAAGAAAAGAAGGUAAAACUUCUAAACAAACCGGACCAAAAGAUACUAAGGAAACACGUAAGAGAAAGCUUUCUUAUGAAUCGGAAAAUGAUGUUCAGGACGAUCCAGAGCCAGAAAACGUAAGCAAAGAAAAUGUGGAAGUAGUUGCGGCAGCAGUCAAAAAGAAGAAAAUAACAGUCACAAGCAGCAGUGAAGUAGAAGUUGUGUCUCUUUUGGAUGACGAUGAGGAUGAUGUGGUCAAGGCGAAUACUUCAAAGACAGAAAAAGAAAAAUUGAAAACUAAAGAGACAACAUUAAAAACGCCCAAGGUUGCUACCAAGGGGAAAAAUAAAGGUGCUGGAACACCUCAAACGAAUUCAUCUAGUUCAAAAAAAGACACAAAUAAACUACAAAUCAAAUUACCUCUUAGUGGUGGUAAAAGAAACAAGAGGAGAAAAUCGAAAGCCAAUACAUCGUCCCAUAAUAUAUCUGAACAAAACAAUUCAAUCACAGAUUCCAGCGAUGAUAUAGAGGAAGUUUCCAGUGAACUUAAUCCUCAAAAACGCACCAAACUCGAGUUUGAGGAGGAAGAAAAGGCUACCAAGAAGAAUGGUGACACAGUCAGUAUCGAUACAGAGGAAAUAUCUGUGGUAGCAGCAAACCAGGAAAAAGACACAGAAUCUCAAGGUGAACCAUCAGUUGCAAAAGAAAAGUCCGAAACAAAAAAUACUGCAAAAGUUGAUUUCGAAAAAUCCGAUGGGGACAAGGAGCAACAUAAAACAGUGGAUAACAAUAGCACCGCCGAACAUGAUGCCAAGGAUGAAAAUGCUAAACAUAUAGAGGAACCCAAUGAGAGUAUUGUCAUAGCUAGUGAUGAGGAGGACAUAAACGGUGACGAUGCCGAUGAUGAAAAUGAAAACCAUGUUUCUUCGAAAAAUGCCAACGUCUCCUCGGAUAUUAGUGAAGAUUCCAAAAGUAAGGGCAACAGCACAUUGGAUUCUGUAAAAAGAUCUGAUAACUUAAGUGCAAAGGAUAAAAACUUAACGCCGAAACAAAAAAAGUUACUAGAACAAAGGCAAAAAGCUCGAGAGGAGAAAGAGCGAAAACUUCAAGAGGAGAGGCGUAAGAAACAACAGGAAAAGGAGGAAAAAGAAUUGGCGAAAAAGCGUGAGCGAGAGGAAAAAGAAGAACAAAAACGCAAAGAACGCGAAGAAAAGGAGGAGCAGAGGCGUCAGGAAAAAGAAGAGAAGGAACGUAAGCGCCUGGCCGAAGUUGAAGCCAAAAAUGAAGAGAAACGCAAACGCAACGAAGCUAAAGAAGAGGAGACACGCAAGAAAGACGAAGAGCGUAAGCGCAAAGAACAAGAAAAGGAGGAAGCCGAACUCAAGAAGAAAAAGGCAGCUGAAGCAUUUACGAAAUUCUUUGUUGCCAAAACUCCUUCCCAUGCUCAGCAGAAUAUAGAAGAAGAUGAAAUGUCUGGCGAUGGCACAAAGGCUUUGGCAUUUCGACCUUUUCAAAUCAAGGGUGAUAUGAAAUUGGCUCCCAUUAACCGUAAAUUUCUAACAGAAGAUGCAAAAUGUAGACUUGACGUACUACUGGAACUAGAAGCUGCCAAGUCAACUAAAGUUGAAAAAUCCCAAUUGUAUUUGUCUGAGUUACGUUCUGGCCAAAUAUUACCGGGAAAAUGGAGACGUCCCUCGACAGAAUCCAAGGACGACGUCAUACUUAUAGAAGACGAAUUGGAACGUGUCGGUGAGGCAAUCGUUGAGGACACACCUGCCUACAUAAGGGAAGAAAUGCGAGUGAAAUUUUAUAAAUUCCACGAUAAUCGGCGACCGCCCUAUUACGGUACAUGGCGAAAGAAAUCAACGGUUGUUACACCAAGGAGGCCUUUUGCACAAGACAAAAAAACAUUUGACUACGAAGUGGAUUCGGACGAUGAUUGGGAGGAGGAGGAACCCGGAGAAUCUUUGGAAGACGGAAGCGACGAUGACAAAGAAAAAGAGUCCGAAGACGAAGACUAUGAAGUGGAUAACGAAUGGUUUGUGCCACAUGGUCAUUUAAGUGACGAAGAAAUGCAAAACGAGGAUGAACUCGGAGAUGGUGAUGCCAAUACCAGAGAAGCUCAAAAAGCCAAACUACAAUUACUCCAAAAAGAGUUUGCUCAAGAAAUGAAAAAGAAAACGGAAAAAAUUAAGCCUCGUCUAAUUGGAUGCUUGUGGGUUGAUGCCAGCGGUAGCCAACCAAAUUCAUGUCCAAAAAUGAUUUGGGAUAUAUUGAAUACGCGCUCAAUGUUAUGCACUGUACCGCCUAUUUUGGAGGAGCCCGAAGUUGAAGAGCCCUCUUCACCAUCAGCAUCGAAUUCAGGAGCAAAUGCCGAAAAGUCAAACACUGAUAAAGUAAAACCCAUUACAAUAACAGAUGCCAUGCUGAAAGAUUUAGCCAGGCUACUUCAUGGCAAUAAUAAUUCCAAGAAUUUCCUAAUCAAAGAAUAUAUAGCCUUUAUAGAGAAAACGGAAGAGUCCAUAAAGAACGGUGCAUCUACCAAUCCCUCAAAAACGUUUGUGCGUGAAAAAAUAGAUCAGAUGGCAGAAUGGCAGAUAGUGAAUUCAGAUGCAGUUUCAGUGGACCAAGCAACAAACAACGACGAACCCAAAGAAAGUGCGAAGAAAAAGAAAAAGAGCAAAAAACGCUUAUGCUGGGUGGUCAAUCAGGAAACUCUUGAUAAAUUAGACAUGUCAUCACUGUGCUUACAGAACAGCUGGGAGUAUAUACUAACACCGAAGUUAAAAUUGGACAAAGAGUCUGCAAAAUGCGACGAGCCAACUCCAAGCGUGACGACAGAGCCAACAGCAACAGAUAGCAAUAGUAAGACUACUGACGAUAAUUCUUUAGAUAAGGCAAAUAGGGAUACAAAAUCACAAAUAACAAAAUUCACAAAGGUACUAACAGCGGAAGAGAAGGCCAAUCAAUUGGAGAAAUUAUCUUCAAGUAAUCAAGUAACCACCCCCAAAAGCUCAUCUAAAAACAGUAAGAAAUCGACUGAUAGUCAAACAAAAUCACCUGCAACGAAUAAAGAAAAGAAACGUGUACCCCUCUUAAUGUCCGUGGGUCGUGGGCAACAAAUCUCCACUCCGGCCAAAAAUAAACUGAUCAGUCAGUUCUUACAAAAGGGCAAUAAUAACAUUAAACGUUCUUCAAAUUCAGCGUCGAAAACAAACGCUUCGUCGCCGCCAACAGUAGUAGAUGAUGAUGUUGUUAUUAUAGACUGAUGCAAAGCAGCUACGAAAGCCACCCACCACCCCUUUACCAUAGGCAGUUAUGCUUUUGUCAUCUUAAUAAUAUUUUGCCUCCACAUGUCUAUACAUAUAUAUAUAUAAACCUUUUGCUGUUGUCCCGGUUCGAAGCGUCCUUUUCCAUCAAAAUUGGCAUUGUUAGGUGCUUAAAUAUGUAUUCAUAUAUGUUAGUGUUGUAAGUAACUAAUAACGUUUUUCUUUUUUUAGUUUACACUUAGAUUUAAUUUUUAGCAUACAAUCAACUACCCACAUACAUAACACACUCACACACAAACCCAUAAAAAGAUCGAAAACAAAAGAAAACAAAAAGAGUUAUAUUUUGUAAAUGUGUUGAAAGUUUUACUCUUUUUCCCCCUCCCAUAAUUGUUUCAAGGAAGAAAUAAACAAAAAAUUCUGCAA